CGCCGGGUGCCGGCCAUGUCGCGGAGCGCCUUGCCGUCGUCCGCCGGGGCCGCCUCCCCCUUCCCGCCGCCCCCGCUGCCGCUGCAGCCGCCCCUCGGUCCGGACGCGGGCCCCGGCGGCGGGCAGGCCGAGCUGAAGCCGGUGCGGCGCUUCGUUCCCGACUCUUGGAAAAACUUCUUCAAGGGGAGGCGCGGGCGAGACGCGGGCUGGGACAGCGCGGCGUCCGACAUCAGGUACGUCUCGGACGGGACGCCGUGCUCGCCUCCCGCCUCUCCCGGCCCGCCGCGCUGCUCCGGGGAGCGCUGCGCGGAGUCGGGGGGCAGCUGCCGCUCGCAGGAGGCCGAGGCCAUGCUGCGCGGGGACUCGCUGCGCGCGCCCACCGGGCUGACGUACAGCGAGCAGGUGGAGGCCUACCGGCAGCGCUACGCCUACAUGAAGUCCUGGGCCGGGCUGCUGCGGCUGCUCGGCGUGGCCGAGCUGCUGCUGGGCGCCGCCGUCUUCGCCUGCGUAACCGCCUACGUGCACAAGGACAACGAGUGGUACAACAUGUUCGGCUACUCGCAGCCCUACGGCUACGGCACCGGCGCUGCCUACGGCGGCUAUUACUACAGCGGACCCAAAACGCCCUUCGUGCUGGUGGUGGCGGGCGUGGCGUGGAUCGUCACCAUCGUGCUGCUGGUGCUCGGCAUGUCCAUGUACUACCGCACCAUCCUCCUCGACUCCAGCUGGUGGCCGCUGACUGAGUUCGGCAUUAACGUGGCCAUGUUCCUGCUGUACAUGUCCGCUGGCAUAGUGUACGUCAAUGACAUCAACCGAGGGGGGCUCUGCUAUUACCAGCUGUUUAAGACGCCGAUAAACGCCUCUUUCUGCCGUGUGGAAGGAGGACAGACGGCGGCGAUCAUCUUCUUGUUUGUCACGGUGGUCGUUUAUCUGAUUAGCGCGUUGGUUUCGCUGAAGCUGUGGAGGCACGAGGCAGCCAGGAGGCACAGGGAGCAGAUGGAGCAAGAGAUGAAGACACAGUUGUCUUUACCGGACAAAAAGUAUGACAGUGACGACGCACCAAGAGAAGAGGUCGCUUACAGGCAGCUUAAAUCAAUGGAAAGGAAACCAGAACUACUUAAUGGUCACAUACCUGCAGGCCACAUUCCUAAACCUAUAGUGAUGCCAGAUUACUUAGCGAAAUACCCAGCAAUUCAAACAAAUGAAAUGCGAGACCGGUAUAAAGCAGUGUUCAAUGAUCAGUUUGCUGAGUAUAAAGAACUGUCUGUGGAAGUUCAUGCUGUAUUAAAAAAGUUUAAUGAGCUAGAAGCAUUGAUGAGACAGCUUCCUCACCAUCCUGGAAACAUAUAUGAGCAGGAAAGGAUAUCAAGAGUUCUACAAGAAUAUGAGAAGAAGAAAAAUGAUCCUGCAUUUCUGGAGAAAAAGGAACGUUGUGAAUACCUGAAGAAUAAGCUUUCUCACAUAAAACAACGAAUUCAGGACUAUGAUAAAGUUAUGAACUGGAAAGUACAAAUUUAGCAAUGCCUGGAGCUUGGAUAUAAUAUUUUUCUAGUUUUUAAAUCAUUCAUAUUUUAAGAUAUUUAUUUACUCUCAGAUCUGUAUACUUUCUGUGGGGAUAACAGCUGCCUGAUCACUUUGUCACUUCAUUAGAUAUUGUAUGUUACUGAUAAGUUUUAUAUGCAGAUCCAAUUAUAAAUCCCUGUCAUGAAGUUGUCAGAUACAUUUAGAAUACCAGUGUUAACAUUCUGCUUUUAUUAAGCAAUACAUAGCCUGACCUCUUAAGUAAGCAUAGUUUAUUUGAAAAGUUGGGAAGUCCACUAGAGAAAGAAGGCAGUUCCGAAUACUGUGUCAAAAGUGUGCAAGCAAAUACUGUAACAAUGAUGUAGAUAACAUCUUAAUGAUAUCAGAAGGAGUUGCAUUGUUCUGGGGUUUGGUAGAGUAUUUGAUCAUACUGAGGAGUUUCAUCAAGUAGGAAAUGAGUUUUACAAGAUCACUAUAUUUUCAAAUGCACCACUGUAUAUCAGAAAUGGUUUGGAAUUUCUCCUAAUAAGAAAUGCAGAAUAAGUUCCCAAGUAAGCAAUGAUCGUGUGCUGUUUUUCUUUUUUUUUCUUUUUUUUUGCUCCUCUGUAGAGGUGAUGCAACAAAACUUAUAUGUGACCUUAAACGAAGAGCUGUACUGAGUAAGAAUCAUGUUUAUGGGUUAAAGAAAGAGAGUACUUCUUUUCUUUGUCAGCAAGGAAUAGGACUUGUUGCUUUAGCCCACUUUAAGAUUAUUUAAAUGCUGCUGUUUGUGAACUUCUUAUUCAGCAAUUAAGUACAACAAAAUUAAUUCUCAAACUAUAAAUUAUUAGCAUCUUUUAUAAGGCCAGGAAUGUUUUGUUUUCUAGAGUGUAUCUUCAUAAAUCAAUAUAAAUUUUCAUCUAUGUUGGGGUUAUAGGUUUAUAUAUGCAAAUGUUCGCAUAAGCCAGUGAAUUUUCUCUUUGUAUCCUUUUCCACGUCUUUUUUUUAAACUUUUUUUACAUAGUAAAGUUGUUGAAAGCAUUGAUAGUUUCCUUGUACAGUUUUAUAUAAUUGCAAAUUGACUAUUUUUCUGAAAUGCAUUUUGGUUUCAUUAAAAAAAUGAAACAAUGAUGUUAAUUCAUUGCUUAUAUAAUCAUUUCAUUGUAAAAAAAAAGUAAUAUGUUGCCACUGUUGCUCAGCAUUGAAAAUGCAUUAAUAUGCCUAGCUCUGGGAUUUA